UUAUUUCCUGGUGGCUCCUUUAAGAGGCAGAGCUCUUUGCUGGGAAUUCACGUCAGUUUCAGCACCGAAACUCUCAAGAUCAAUGAGCAUAGAGGUUUCUCAGUUCGCCUUUCAGUUUCUCUCUUCCAGGAAGGAAAACAUUAAGAGAGAAAGAGGGAGAGAAGAGGGGAGAAGGAGGAGAAGGAGGGAGGGAAGGAAGGAGGUAGAAGGAAGAGGAGGAGGAGGGGGGGGAACGGACGGACAAGCCAGAGAGAGAGACCCAGAUAAACAGUCUCAUCCACCAGACAAGCUCCGAGCCGACCAAAAUACACCUCCCUCCCGGGUCCCCUGACCCCAGCCCUCUUCUCUUCCCUUUCUUUCCUCCUUCACCCCGACCUCUUCUUCCCAGACCCCCGGAAAAGAACUGCAAGGGUUGCCUCUUCUGCUGGAGGGCAGAAGACGCAGGAUCCCCGGGGUCUGUGUUUGUUUUUUUUUUGGGGGGGUGGUGGUGGUGAAGAUGGUUGAAGAAACUUCGUAAAUGAUCGCAUCUGGCUGGCUGUUUGGAGCAUUUCUGGGUUGGGGAAGAGGAAAGGAAAGUGGAAAAAAACUGAGAACUUCCUGAUCUCUCUCGCUGUGAGACAUGUCUGAGACUCCUGUUCAGUGUACCAUUAAGCAGGAGAGAAUUUCAUACACCCCUCCAGAGAGCCCGGUGCCAAAUUAUACUUCUUCCUCAACUCCUCUUCAUGUCCCAGUGCCUCAAGCCAUCAGGAUGGAGGAGGACUCUAUCAGACUGCCAGCACACCUGCGCUUGCAGCCAGUUUACUGGAGCAGGGAUGACGUAGCCCAGUGGCUCAAAUGGGCUGAAAAUGAAUUUUCUUUAAGGCCAAUCGACAGCAACACAUUUGAAAUGAAUGGAAAAGCUCUCCUGCUGCUGACCAAAGAGGACUUUCGAUAUAGGUCUCCUCAUUCAGGUGAUGUGCUCUAUGAACUUCUUCAGCAUAUUCUGAAGCAAAGGAAGCCGCGAAUUCUCUUCUCACCAUUCUUUCACCCAGGAAACUCUAUUCAAACACAGCCAGAGGUCAUGUUGCACCAAAACCAUGAUGAAGAUAAUUGUGUCCAGAGAUCUUCAAGGCCAUCCAUGGAAAAUAUGCACCACAAUCCUCCUACCAUUGAACUCUUGCAUCGUUCCAGGUCGCCUAUUACAACCAACCACCGACCUUCCCCAGACCCCGACCAGCGGCCCAUCCGGUCCCCGCUGGACAACAUGAUCCGCCGCCUUUCCCCAUCUGAGAGGAUCCCAGGACCAAGGCUUCACCAGGAGAACAACCACCAGGAGUCCUACCCUCUGUCAGUGUCUCCCAUGGAGAACAAUCACUGCCCGCCCUCCUCGGAAGCCCACCCAAAGCCAUGUAGCCCUCGUCAAGAGAACACUCGGGUCAUUCAGCUGAUGCCCAGCCCCAUCAUGCAUCCCUUGAUACUGAACCCCCGGCACUCAGUGGAUUUCAAACAGUCCAGGCUGUCAGAGGACGGACUGCAUAGGGAAGGCAAGCCCAUCAACCUGUCACACCGGGAAGACUUGGCGUAUAUGAACCACAUCAUGGUAUCUGUCUCCCCUCCAGAGGAGCACGCCAUGCCCAUUGGGAGAAUAGCAGACUGCAGGCUGCUCUGGGACUAUGUCUAUCAGUUGCUUUCUGACAGCCGGUACGAAAAUUUUAUCCGAUGGGAGGACAAAGAAUCCAAAAUAUUCCGGAUAGUGGAUCCCAAUGGAUUGGCUCGACUGUGGGGAAAUCACAAGAACAGAACAAAUAUGACCUAUGAGAAAAUGUCCCGAGCCCUUCGCCACUACUACAAACUCAACAUUAUCAGGAAGGAGCCAGGACAAAGGCUUUUGUUCAGGUUCAUGAAAACCCCAGACGAAAUCAUGAGCGGCCGAACAGACCGCCUUGAGCACCUUGAGUCCCAAGAGCUGGAUGAACAAAUGUACCAGGAGGACGAAUGCUGAAAGAACCAACGUGCCACCUCGGGAUGGAUCCACGACGAGAAAAAACAUCCAGCGGGCGUGCUGGAGGUGUGUGGGAGCAGGGUGGAUUGAGGGAGAGCAAAAAGGAAGACACACAGAAUUGGGAGGUGACCAGACCAGAAGGGACACCAGCACCCGCAGCAGCAGGGCUGGUGUUCUGGUAGAGGGCCCAGAGCCUGGGACUUACAUACUAUUUCAACUACUCUCCUUUGGGGAUCUCCCUUGGCCUGUAAUUCCUCAUCCCCACCCCUCUGCCCAUUGUUAGUUUCUGGGUUUGGGGGUUGUUGCUGUUUUUUUAUGAACAUGCAGUUUGACUUUUUCAUAAUUCGUAUAGGGCAAGAUGACAGUUUGCUUUCCUAUGGAAAUAUAUAUAUCAAUUAUAUUUUUUUUGCAAGUCUCACAAAUCAUGGCAUAAAAAUUCAACCUGACAGGAAAGAGAGUAUGCAAGGUUUCUUUAUUUUCUUCUACUGUAUACAGAAGGUUUGCUUCUGUUGCUGUUGUGUCCUGGCUGCUGGAGGGUGGGGGAGGAAAGUUUAAGUAAAAAGAAAAAAUUUUGAAAAGGGGCACUCACUCUUACCUCUCUCCUUUUCCUUCUCUCCUUCCUGCCUGCCUUUGAACUUUGGACAUUUUUCAGCAUAGUUCAGCUUAGUGUAACACCUCGGGAAUUGCUGGCCCAUGAACUAAAGCCAGUGACCUACGUGCUAGAAAGUCAAAACAAAGUACCAGCAUUUGGCCACCCAUCCCAAAUAUGCCUUAGGAAGGUCAGGAACUCCACAGGUGUAUUUCCAAAGGACAUAUUCUAGGCCUGAGAACCACCCUACAAAGAACGAUACAGCAUUGGAGAAGGGCACUCACCUAUUUGUCCUUCUCCAGAGUUGGCAUAGACAUCACUCCCAAGUUGCCUGAGAUGUCUACAAACAUUAGGAUUCUGUAUAACACUGAAGAGUGAAAAUAUGAUAAGAAAACACAGGGACUUAAUGAAAAAUAUCCUGUAAAGUAGAGAACCUAGAGAGAGGAGAGAGGGUAGGGAAAUGCUCUGUUCUUCUUGCCCCACCCCCGACAUCGUCUUACAGACAGUUCCACAUUCUAUCCUGUCUUUCCCAUUAUUCAGAGAUUUUUAUUAAUGAUUUCAUAGUUUCUUUUAACCUGUUUUCCCCCUAGACCCCAUUUGAAUUAGAACAUUUGAGAUGAAAGGAAUUUCCAGGGCAGCACCAGCUGCCAGCAGUGAUCUUCUUCUCUUCCCUUUUGGGACCCAUCAUCAGUCCUUCCUUCCUUCCUUGUGGAUGGGAUAUCUGAACUUGAGAAAGGGCUCAUUUUAUCAGUCUGUUUCUCUUGGAAAUUAAGUCAGUAAUCUCAUAAGGUGAGGACUAUCCCACCUUUUAAUACUUUUACUAAUAACAGAGAGGUGUUUUUUUAAAGAAAUGCUAUGGGCAUUUUUAAUUUUCUAGACAUUUAGAAUUGAGUUCAAUUCAAUUUGCUUUUAUUAAGCACCUGCUGUGUGCAAGACAUUGUGCUAGGUACUGUGGAUACAAAGACAAACUGAUCCCUGCCCCCAAAGAACUUACAUUCUAUCGAGUUUAUCUUGUAAAGGUUAAGGCUUCCAGAAUGAGGGGCACAGGCUUUCCCCACCACCACCAGCACCACAAAAAAAAAAUUUAAAAAAAAAUAAGGCUUCAUUAUUCUGAUGAACUAUAUCAUUUCUGUGGACUCACUCAUUUUGGCAAGACUCUCACAGCUACUUCAGUGACAGUAGGUGCAGCUGCCAUCCCCAUUUGAGGCACACAGAAUACCUGGGUUUCCUCCACAAACCCCUCCUGCCUUUUCCGCCUUUCCUGGUUAAGUCAGGUAUGCUCAGGACUUGAGCAGACUUCUCUCUUUGGACAGUUCCUGACAGGGGAACCUAUCAAGGUGACAAAUGUUAAGAUCCCAGGGCACCAGGAAGUGCUGGCAACAAUUUUCUCUUUGGUCUCACUCAGAUCCUUUGCCUCUUAACAUGUCCCAAAGUCAACACAAAAUCAAAUGAUAGCUUUCUCAUUGUCUAGAAUGGUUAAGCUUGUAGGAGGUCAGAAGACUUCCUUUCUGUCAGUAGAGUGACAGACUCUGAAACAUUUGGUUUUAUUUUGCUUUCGUAAAGGUGAAAUGCCAUGUGGUUCACCCCAACAUGGUUCAAGUGCACACAGAUCUUUUAAGUGUGCUUGGUAACAACAGCCAGAAAUUUUUCACCCUAGUCUAAGACAAGUGAUAAUGAAUGUGAAGGGAUGAAAUUGAGCCAGUGGCUGUACUUAGUAUGUUGUGAAAAUAAUUCAUAUUUUUAAAAAAGAUUUUUGAAGGCAAGAAAAAGGGCAGGAAUUUUUACCUGAAUCUUAGCCAUAUUUUGUGGCUCUGAAAUGGAAAGAAAAUCCUGCUCCUUUAUUUUUGAGACAUUAGUUUCUGAUCACUCCCAGCUAGAGACAAAUGUUGAGUCUCUUAGUAUCCAAGUGGACGUGUGAUUGAAUUACACAGGAAAAGUUCCUCUUUUCUUCAGUGUUUCAUAUUUGCUUGCAUUCUCCGUGGGAAUGCAAACUACUGAAGGUAAAAAUGUUAAAAGAAAGCAAUGGCAAAAGGUAUCCAUUUCUGCAUAAUCCUUUUGGUGUGUAUGUGUAUUUUUAGCAAUCCAUUAUUAAUCCAGAUAUUUUACAUAACACCUUUCCCUAAAGGUGGCUGCUAAUUAUGUUCACUCCACAAGCUCCCACUGAUGGUGUGCUCUGUGAAGGAAGAGAUAGGACCCUUGGAACCAACCACAAGUACAGUGUUCACAUGAUCCAAGCCUAAAAGCCUCUGAUUUUAUGGACAGAUUCUAACUGAUAUGAAAUUGUCUGCCAUUUCUUCCCCACCAGAUGGGGGCGUUAUCAAAAUGUCACCCUGGGCAAGUUUUAGAACUCAUUCAGCACCCUAAACAGUUCCUUUAUUUUCUUUCUGCCAUUUUCAUGGGGAUUCUUGGCCAGCAAAGAAAGGAAAGAAAUAUGCAGAGGUUGAGAGCUACAUGAAAAGAUGUUCCUUCUCUAGUUGAAUCUGAGAAUCCUGAGAGUUGAAAUGGCCCAACCUAUCCCUGACCAAGAAUCCCACUGUAAUAUCUUUAAAAAAAAAUGAAUUGUAUAAUCUCUGUCUGAAAGCCUCCAAUAAGAGGGCACCUGCUGUCUCUGUCCCCCAACCACUAUCAGUUCUAGUUUGUCUGGACCCAGUGACUUGAGCCAAUAGAGAGCAACUAGAUGCCUGCCUGGACCAGUCAAUCAGUAUUAAGCACCUACUAUAUGCUAGGCACUGUGCUAAGCACUGGGGAUACAAAAAGAAGAAAAAGAUAGUCCCUGCCCUCAAGGAGCUUACAAUCUAAUGGAUUUCUACUCCCUGCUGAUGAUUUUUAUUCCAACCUUCCCAGUCCAAAAACUGUCCUCCUUGGAAGAGAAAACAAAAGACAGAUAAGGAAUCAAACUUUUCUACUUUUCUCACUCUCACCUAUUAUCAUUCCUACCUCUCUCAGUGUCCUUCUUUCCUAAAUACUCCUAAUACAGAUUUUGUUGUUGUUAUUUUCCUUAGUAUUUAUUGUCAGCAUUAGUUCAUUCUGGGCCCUAGGAUUCCUGUCACUUCUUAUAGGAUCAUCUUUUUAAUGUUCAUGCUACUCCAUCAUAUUCAUACUCAGUUAAUCACCUUUCUUCCAUCUUCUAUAUGUCUUCUAAACAGUCUUCAUUGAGCAGUGAUUUCUUGCUAUAUCCGUGUCUGUUUCUUUAAGCAGCACCCCCCCCAUUUUCUUUAUCAAAACCAGAUCUGCCUGAGUCUUCAAAUUUUCAUUCUUGGGAGUUUUCCAACUCCCUUGACUCAGCUUCCCUAGCAAAAUAUUAGGCCAUUGGAUCGAAACCUUUUGAAAUAUGAUAUCCCCAGAUAUGUUUGGGUGUUUAUCCACCUCUGCUUGGCUUUUCUCACCCCUUGCCCUACACUUCAUCACAAAUGGUAUCUUAGUGGCCACUUGCCCCAAAGUUUGUGUUGCUUCUCCUUUAUCAAGGACAUAAUUCCUCUUUGUUGAUCAGAAUGGUCCAAGAAGGCAGUUCCCCCUUGUUGCUUCUCCCACCUUUUGAAAGAUAAAAUUGUUGUCAAGACAAGCCUCAGUUUUAUCAGUUGUUCUCUUUUUGGCAGAUAAGAUGCCAGCUGGUAUCUGAAUUGCUCAAUUAGAAACCUUCAUCUAAUUUGUCUUUGUAUUCCAAAACAGUCCUUCUGUAUCUGUCCCUCUAUUGGUUGUUACUCAGAUGCUCUCCACAAUGUGCCCUCGUCCCCCUUUUGACAUUCCUGGAUUUCCCAUGCAAAUAUAACUUCUUAAUAUGCAAUGCUAUUCCAAUUUCCCCGUGAUCUAUUCAGCUUUUUUUGAAUAAGGUAUGACCUUCUACAGCCAUGAUCCAAUCAUGAAUCCCAUCCCACACAGUCCCCAUGUAACUGGUAAAGUAAAAUUGGCCUCCUUUCUUAGCCAUAGGACCUCUAGCUUUCGUCCUGAACUCUUCUAACACCCCAUUUCCUUAACAUCUCGCAUUUUCUCUGCACCAUUGGAAGCCAGAAAACUAUAACCACUCCAUUCAGGACAUCUUGUUCAAUAAAUCACUGACAGGUUGCCACCUUUCCACGAGACUGAAGCAGGGACAUCUUGGCAGAGAUGCUGGCCUGAAUGCAAGUACUCUAGGAUCUUCAAAAUCUUUUUAGUCUCUUCCUGAUCGGGGCAACAGUAUGCCAGCUGAGCAAGAGCCACUUAGGGACAAUAAAUGGUGUCAAUGAUGACCGUCUUUUAGAGCAAGGAUUCCUAGACUUUUUUGUGUCAUGGGCCUCUUUGGCAAUCUGGCAAAGUCCAUGGAUUCCUUCUCAAGAAUGAUGUUAAAUGCACAAGACAAAAUUUAUAGAAUUGCAAAGGAAACCAAUUCUGUUAAGAUAGUAAUAAUAAUAAAAAGCCCAAGUUCACCAACCCCAGUGAAGAAUCUCUAUUUAUAAUGUGGUCAGAGCCCUCCCCAUCCGCUGCCCUCUACAAUGACAGCUUGUGUAAUCAAGAGCAUAUCUUUACUUUUCAAGUAAAAAUGUUGAGAGCUGAAAUAUGGUUUUCACUUUCCACUACCUAGAGUCCAAAACUCAAAAGUAUUUUAGUAGUAUUAACUGCCUGUCGCAGAUAGGAGGCAAGGCAUAGAGAAAUUCAAAGAUUAGAGACAGCAAGUCAGAGACAGCACUAGGCUCGGGACCUAGAACACAGCAAACUUUAUUUAUAUCAGCCAUAGUCCAUUUGACCCAUCCCCUCAAAGGAAGCCGAAGAAAAUGAUGGAAGAAAAAUACAAAGAACUAAACAAACAAAAGAAGGUAGCAUUUCUUUGCCAAAAUAUUUGGUGCUAGUCAGAAGCAUUUAAUCUACUACUUUUCUGAACAGGGACCUGGACUGAAGGGGGUAAUGUUCCAAUCCAGAGCUGGACAUGAAAGUAGUCCUCUGCCUAGUUGAAAACUAUAGAGGCCAAGUAGGAUGCUCUCAGUCACAUCUGCAUCAACACUAAAUGACCACAAACUCGCUCAAUCUCUCACAUGCCCAGUGACUAUUCUUAAAAGGUUUUUCUUUGUGACAACCACCUGCAAAUCCAGAAUAAAUCUAGACUUAUUUUUU